AUGAGGUUUGCCUUUGCCUAUCUGCUUGUAGUUCUAAUUAUAGGCUUUGUUAUUUGUCCAACCAAUGCCAGACCUCACCAUACUCAACAGCUGAAUUUCGUGGUUUUGCCUAAGACAGCAACUCUUCUUCCUUCGGGGCUUGGCAAGGGGAUCAAUCAUGAUCCUACUUCACUUCCUCAUUCAAGAAAAGCUGGUAGUGGUUUGAAUUUUGAGGUACUUCCAAAGGAAGGGCCUGUUCCACCUUCUGCUCCUGGCAAUGGUGGAAAUCGUAUCCCUUCACCUCCUUCAACGAAAGCUGGUCAUGGUUUGAGUUUUGGGGUACUUCCUAAGGGCGGGCCUGUUCCACCGUCUGCGCCUGGUAAUGGUGGAAAUCGUAUUCCUUCACCUCAUUCAACCGAAGCUGGUCGUGUUUUGAACUUUGGGGUGCUUCCAAAGGGAGGUCCUGUUCCACCUUCUGGUCCUGGUAAUGGUGGAAAUCGUAUUCCUUCACCUCCUUCAACGAAAGCAACGAAAGCUGGUCAUGGUUUGAGUUUUGGGGUACUUCCUAAGGGCGGGCCUGUUCCACCGUCUGCGCCUGGUAAUGGCGGAAAUCGUAUUCCUUCACCUCAUUCAACCGAAGCUGGUCGUGGUUUGAACCUUGGGGUGCUUCCAAAGGGAGGUCCUGUUCCACCUUCUGGUCCUGGUAAUGGUGGAAAUCGCAUUCCUUCACCUCCUUCAACGAAAGCUGGUCAUGGUUCGAGUUUUGGGAUACUUCCUAAGGGCGGGCCUGUUCCACCGUCUGCGCCUGGUAAUGGCGGAAAUCGUAUUCCUUCAUCUUAUUCAACCGAAGCUGCUCGUGGUUUGAACUUUGGGGUGCUCCCAAAGGGAGGUCCUGUUCCACCUUUUGCACCUGGUAAUGAUGGAAAUCCUUUUCCUUCACCUCCUUCAACGAAAGCUGGUCAUGGUUUGAGUUUUGGGGUACUUCCUAAGGGCGGGCCUGUUCCACCGUCUGCGCCUGGUAAUGGUGGAAAUCGUAUUCCUUCACCUCAUUCAACCGAAGCUGGUCGUGUUUUGAACUUUGGGUUGCUUCCAAAGGGAGGUCCUGUUCCACCUUCUGGUCCUGGUAAUGGUGGAAAUCGUAUUCCUUCACCUCCUUCAACGAAAGCUGGUCAUGCUGGUCGUGUUUUGAACUUUGGGGUGCUUCCAAAGGGAGGUCCUGUUCCACCUUCUGGUCCUGGUAAUGGUGGAAAUCGCAUUCCUUCACCUCCUUCAACGAAAGCUGGUCAUGGUUUGAGAUUUGGGGUACUUCCUAAGGGCGGGCCUGUUCCACCGUCUGCGCCUGGUAAUGGAGGAAAUCGUAUUCCUUCACCUCAUUCAACCGAAGCUGCUCGUGUUUUGAACUUUGGGGUGCUUCCAAAGGGAGGUCCUGUUCCACCUUCUGGUCCUGGUAAUGGUGGAAAUCGUAUUCCUUCACCUCCUUCAACGAAAGCUGGUCAUGGUUUGAGUUUUGGGGUACUUCCUAAGGGCGGGCCUGCUCCACCGUCUGCGCCUGGUAAUGGCGGAAAUCGUAUUCCUUCACCUCAUUCAACCGAAGCUGGUCGUGGUUUGAACCUUGGGGUGCUUCCAAAGGGAGGUCCUGUUCCACCUUCUGGUCCUGGUAAUGGUGGAAAUCGCAUUCCUUCACCUCCUUCAACGAAAGCUGGUCAUGGUUUGAGUUUUGGGGUACUUCCUAAGGGCGGGCCUGUUCUAACGUCUGGGCCUGGUAAUGGAGGAAAUCGUAUUCCUUCAUCUCAUUCAACCGAAGCUGCUCGUGGUUUGAACUUUGGGGUGCUCCCAAAGGGAGGUCCUGUUCCACCUUUUGCACCUGGUAAUGAUGGAAAUCCUUUUCCUUCACCUCAUUCUACCCAAGCUGGUGGUGGUUUAAACUUUGGGGUACUACCAAAGGGAGGUCCUGUUCCACCAUCAGCGCCUGGUAAUGGUGGAAAUCAUAUUCCUUCACCUCAUUCAACCGAAGCAGGUCGUGGUUUAAACUUUGGGGUACUACCAAAAGGAGGGCCUGUUCCACCAUCUGCGCCUGGUAAUGGCGGAAAUCGUAUUCCUUCACCUCAUUCAACCAAAGCUGGCCAUGGUUUGAACUUCGGAAUGCUAGCAAAGGGAGGACUUGUUCCACCAUCUGCGCCUGGCAAUGGUGGAAAUCGUAUUCCUUCACCGUCCCAUGCAAAUCAAGCUCGUCUUCCAAGUUUGGCACAUAAAUCCCAACUGCUUGCCAAGGGUAGCCAUACAUACAUGCUUCAAGACUUGGCCAUGAAGGCCUUUUCUACGGAUUAA